AUGUUCAGAGGAAUUUACAGAGGAACACAGAAACAUCAAGAUGACUUUUUGGAUGUGGUAGAGAGAGCAGUCAAAGUUGGUGUUAAAAAGUUUUUGAUUACAGGUGGGAGUCUACAAGAUAGUAGAGAUGCGUUGCAGCUGGCACAGACAAAUGACAUGUUUUACAGUACGGUUGGCUGUCAUCCUACCCGCUGUGGAGAAUUUGAGCAGAGUAGCCCUGAACAGUAUUUAUCUGACUUAAAAAAUCUGAUUGAAAAAAAUAAGACAAAGGUAAUAGCAGUUGGAGAAUGUGGCUUAGAUUUUGAUAGAUUAGAGUUUUGCCCAAAGGACAUCCAGCUGAAGUAUUUCGAAAAACAAUUUGACCUGUCAGAACAGACGCAACUGCCCAUGUUUCUCCACUGUAGAAACUCACACGCUGAAUUUUUAGACAUAAUGAGAAGAAACCGAGAUAGAUUUGUAGGAGGGGUGGUACAUUCUUUUGACGGCACAAAGGAAGAAGCAGCAGCUAUAUUAGAUUUGGAUCUCUAUAUUGGAAUAAACGGCUGUUCAUUGAAAACAGAAGCCAACUUGGAAACACUGAAAUCGAUUCCUAGUGAACGAUUAAUGAUAGAGACUGAUGCGCCUUGGUGUGGAGUGAAAAAUACUCAUGCUGGAUCAAAAUACAUUAAAACUACGUUUCCUACAAAAAAGAAAUGGGAAAUAGGGCACUGCUUGAAGGACAGAAAUGAACCCUGCCAUAUAAUUCAAAUACUGGAAAUAAUGGCAGCAGUAAGAGAAGAUGACCCGCUUGAGUUGGCCAAUACUCUAUAUAACAACACUAUUAAAGUCUUCUUUCCAAACGUAUAAAGUUGUUUUUCUUACAUUUAUUCAACAUAACUUCAGUAAACAUUGCAAAAACUUAAAAAAUAUCUUAUCUGCAAAUUCCUGUCAAUGGAAGCCGAUAUGUAGUGCUUUUUUUUUUUUUCUUAUGGUACAAGAUUAAAGCUGCUUUUGAAAAGGUG